GGGCAGUCCGAAGUUUCACCGCUGCUACCAGCAGAGGACCAUGGAAUGGUUAAAGAAAAAGGCUGAGAGGACAGUGAAGGCCCUCGGAAAGACUAACAUCUCAGUGGGAGAAAGGAUGAAGUCCAUGACGUACGUCAGAGUCAAGAAGGAGUCAGAGACCCAGGAAGAGGACUACCUGCAGUAUGCCCAUGGUCUGAUAUCUGCGGACAUCAGUGAAGACCUGAAAAAAGCUCUCCUCAAGCAUCUACAGUUACCUGAGCUCUCAAGCCCUAAGAAAGUGGAGCAUCAUUCAAAGCUGCCCUAGAAGACGAGUGCGGCACAGAAGACCCUGGCCAAGGUGGACAAAACAGGCAUGAAAAGCAUGUCUGCCUUCUUCAGCCCCAAGGGCAAAGCAGAGAAACUGAAUGUUAGGAUGGUGCAUCAGAAUUUGUAUGUGUAUGUUGGUGUGCGUGGAUACACUGAGUGUACAAAACAUUAG